CACGCCCUGUGCAGUGCUGCAGGCCAGCAGCCUGCAUUUGCGGACCUGCAGGCAGCGCUCACGCAAGCAGGCACCACAUCGGCACCACCCACUACCGAACCAUAGAAGCGAAGUUACGCCGCAACCAGCACUACUGCUCGUGCUCGGCUAGUCGACUAGCUAGCAUCCGCACACCACACCGCAGCAGAAGCACGCACUGCACGGGCAGGAAGAGGAGAGAGAGGUGGAGGGGAAGGGCCGAAGGGGAGAUGGAUGGAGACUUGCAGCGCAGCCCACCCUGCGCCAGCGCCGCACACACGGCUCGCUCCCCAAAUUACAGACGACCAAGGAGCAAGCCCAACCACCACUUAAACCCGACCAGUCGACCACCACCACCACCACCGCCACCGUUAUUCGCUCUGCAGUCUGCACCCUCCUCCUCGCUUUCCGACCCCCAAACCCUAGAUCCCCUUCGCCGUGGCGGUGGCGCCGCGGUGACCCGGCGCGGCGGCGGCGGCGAUGGCGGCCGUGCCGGAGGACCUCCGCUGCAAGCGCUCCGACGGCAAGCAGUGGCGCUGCAGCGCGCCCUCCAUGCCCGACAAGACCGUCUGCGAGAAGCACUACGUCCAGGCCAAGAAGCGCUCCGCCUCCUCCGCGCUCCGCGCCUCGCUCCGCCGCUCCUCAGCCUCCUCCCUCGCGCCCGUCUUCCCAUUCUCCUCCUCCCCCUCCUCCGCCGCUCGCCUCCGCGCCGCCGACGAGGACCCGCCCAUGGCGGUCGCGAGGCCCCUCUACGGCAGGGUCGCCGGGGAGGCGGUGUACGUGGCUGAACCGGUGCCGGCGCCCGCGCGGAGGGAGGUCGCCUACGAAGGGCUGCCUCGGGGCAAUGCGGCUGGUGGCAGGACUGCGGCGGGGCUGGUCGGCAGAGGCCCACUAUGGUUUCCUGGUGGCGGCUCUGAAGGGAUAAGGAGUUGCCACCAGUGCCGGAAGGCUGGGGGUGUCAUCUGGUGUACCAGCUGUGACAGGAGAGGCUACUGUGCCAGAUGCAUCUCCAGAUGGUACUCUGACAUUCCGAUGGAUGAAGUUCGAAAUGUUUGUCCAGCAUGCCGUGGUAUUUGUAAUUGCAAAGUUUGCUUACAAGGAGACAACUUAAUAAAGGCUAGGGUGCAAGAAAUAUCAGCUGUUGAUAAGUUGAGAUAUCUUCAUUGCCUUUUGGUUUAUGUUCUUCCAGUACUGAAGGGAAUUUAUUCUGACCAAUGCUUUGAAAUAGGUGUUGAAACAAGAUCUUCUGGACCAAAGACAGAUGUCCUCAGAGCAAAGAUAACUUCUGAUGAGCAGAUGUGCUGUGACUUUUGCAAAGUGCCAGUGUUUGAUUAUCACCGAUACUGCCCAAGAUGUUCAUAUGAUUUAUGCCUUGAUUGCUGUCAUGACAUACGUCAUUCUCGGGCCAAUGUUGCACGAGGAGAAUAUACUGAAGGUUAUGUUGAAGAUAAAGGUAGAGAUUCUUUUAAUAGAAGAGCAAGGUUGGAACCAUCUGCUGAGAGUGUCAAUGACAAGUCAUUAUCUUGGCCAAUAGAUAUAAAUAAUAUUGACAUUAAAUCUUUAUUCCCUACAUGGAGAGUCAACAAUGAUGGCAGCAUCACUUGUGGACCUCACGAGGCUGGUGGUUGUGGCUCCUCAAAGUUGGUAUUAAGGCGGAUAUUCAAAAUAAAUUGGAUUGCUAAACUUGUAAAAAGUUCUGAAGAAAUGGUCAAUGGUUGCAAAGUACAUGAUUUGGAGGAUGGAUGCUUGUCUUGCAGUGAUGGCAGAAGAUCGGAGUUUACUGGUCAGCAAAACCUCGGUCUCUCAAAAUGCUCAAACAGUGAUGAGAUUGGUAGGAAUUGUUUGUACUCACCUGUAUUGGAGGACUUAAAAUAUGAAGGCAUCAUUCAUUUUCGUAAGCAUUGGAAAAACGCGGAGCCUAUUAUUAUCAGGGAAGCAUUUGAGCCUUCUCUAUCAUCAAGCUGGGAUCCCUUGAGUAUUUGGAGAGGUAUCCAGGAGAUCAUGGAUGAAGAAAUGGAUGAAGAUGUCAUAGUCAAGGCUGUGGACUGCUCGAACCAAUCAGAGGUAGAUAUCGAGCUCAAACAGUUUAUCAAAGGCUACUCAGAUGGCAGCAAAGGAGGAGAUGGCCACUUGUUGAUGCUGAAAUUGAAAGAGUGGCCCCGACCCAGUGUCUUGGAGGCGUUUCUGUUGUGCCAAAGGCCAGAAUUUAUUGUCAACUUUCCUCUUGUUGAUUUUAUUCAUCCUAGAUGGGGUCUCCUAAACCUUGCUGCCAAGUUACCCCCAGAUGCCUUACAACCUGAAUUAGGGAUGAAACUGCUAAUUGCACAUGGAAGUCACCGAGAACUUGGUAAAGGUGAUUCAAUGACAAAUCUAAUGAUUAACAUGAGCGAUGUGGUUCACAUGUUAAUGCAUGCAACUGAAGUGCAUUACCAAUGUCCCAAGAGGGUAAGGGUACAGUCUGAUGUAUCUGAAAUGAUUGCUAAUGGAACUAGUGUCCAUGUAAAUGCUCAUACUCCUGUUCAAAAUUUGAAUCUGGAUAUUGAAGAGCAAUCACACAAACACUCGAAAUCACACAUCGAGGAGCCAAACACUAAUAAUUCAGAAGGAUCCCUGGCUGGUGCUGUCUGGGAUGUAUUCCGCAGGCAGGAUCUUCCAAAGCUUAAUGAAUAUCUAGCUGCUCAUCGGGAAGAAUGUGCAGCUAGAUGUCAAGCAGUGUCUUCUGUUAAGUAUCCUAUUUAUGAUCAAACUGUGUACCUUAACGAUUAUCAUAAGAAGAUGUUGAAGGAUCAAUAUGGAAUUGAACCCUUCACAUUCCACCAACAUAUUGGUGAGGCUGUUUUCAUUCCAGCUGGGUGUCCUUUCCAAUUGAAAAACCUCCAGUCCACGGUUCAAUUGGCUCUCAAUUUUUUGUCACCUGAGAGUUUGCCAGAGUCAGUCCGGCUGUCCCAAGAGAUCCGUUGCCUGCCAAAUGGCCAUCUUGCAAAACUGAAGAUGCUUGAGGUAAAAAAGAUCUCCUUAUACGCAGCAAGUUCUGCUGUUAGAGAAAUUCAGAGAAUAACCCUUGAUCCCAAGUUCAAUCUUGAUCCUAGUUUUGAGGAUCAAAAUUUGACUAGGGCGGUUUCAGAGAACUUGGCAAGAGUAAACAAACGGAAGGUAUCUUGCAGUUGAGAUUGUGGGGGCCUGGUGAAAUUAUGACAUGCCAUUCAGAGGAUUGAAGUAGAUAUAGUGCUUGUACAUGUAUUAUAUUGUGUCAUAUGAAAGGAACACAUUCUAAUUCUUAUUGGGUUACACAUUGACUUUACCUGUAUAUUGUGGGUUAGGAAGAGUAACAGUUAAGCUUCUGAGGAACAAGAUAAAAAGGCGCUGGAAAGCUCAUGUAGAAUUGUUAGCAC